UACGAUGAAAACAUUACCCAUAACCAUGCGUGUCUACUUUGCACUUCUGGCUCUGUCACUUCUGGCAAUCACUGAAGCUCAAGUUGCACAGAUGUUUUGUAACGAAUGCACAGACGACCAAUGUUGUGUCAGACUAAUGACAGCUGGAGUUUGUAGGGCUAAGGGCAAAGAAGGCGACGCUUGUAGAGGUGAUACUUUGUAUGCCAACAUGAUGAUGUGUCCAUGCGGUGCAGGACUUCGAUGUGGAGAUGAUAAGACCUGUGUUCCUAUGGACGGUUCUACUGACUCUAAUGGUGGCUCAAAUGAAUCACAGCAAUAAGCUUAAGAAGCAUUCGUCAACAAUUCCAAAGGUUGCAGUGUAUUCUGAUUUUGAGCAAAAAUAAACGAUAUUUCAAAACCAAUUUUCCAUAGCAAAUGAAAUGUUUCGAUCUUUCUUUA